UAAUCCCUCAUUCUCUACGAAACUCCUAACUGAAAAAAAGGGAAAAAACUUGAAUUUUGUUCUCCUUUGUUUCCUGCUAUAAAGGUCAAGUGAAAUAGCAAGCUCCACAGAACUCGAUAGUAAUGAAAAAUGGUGGAGCAGAUCGCAGACGGAGGCUUUGACGGCUUUGACGAAGGAUGAUUUUCGUUUCUUCACCUCGUUUGGAUUGCUCUUUUUAUUUGUUAUUUUGAUUAGGAAAAUAAAAGAUAAAGUGAAGAGUUAAAAGCAAUGGAGUCCCGGAUGGAGCAUUACGAGAUCAUGGAACAGAUCGGCCGUGGCGCUUUCGGCGCUGCCAUUCUCGUUCGACACAAAUCCGAGAAUAAGAAGUAUGUAUUGAAGAAGACCAGAUUGGCGCGGCAAACGGAGCGUUGCAGGAGAUCGGCCCAUCAAGAAAUGGCACUCAUAGAGCGAGUUCAGCAUCCUUACAUUGUUGAAUUUAAGGAAGCUUGGGUUGAAAAAGGUUGCUAUGUCUGCAUUGUUACUGGAUACUGUGAAGGUGGAGAUAUGGCUGAAUUGAUGAAAAAGUCAAAUGGGAUCUAUUUCCCCGAGGAGAAACUCUGCAAGUGGUUUGCACAGCUUCUUCUGGCUGUUGAAUAUCUGCAUUCCAAUUUUGUCCUGCAUCGUGACCUAAAGUGUUCCAAUAUUUUUCUUAGCAAAGAUCACGAUGUCCGCCUUGGGGAUUUCGGACUUGCCAAAACUCUAAAGGCAGAUGAUUUGGCGUCCUCGGUGGUUGGAACUCCCUAUUACAUGUGUCCUGAACUGUUUGCAGAUAUUCCAUAUGGUUUCAAGUCUGAUAUCUGGUCUCUGGGGUGCUGUAUGUAUGAGAUGGCUGCUCAUCGCCCUGCUUUUAAAGCUUUUGACAUGGCGGGGUUGAUAAACAAGAUAAAUCAUUCCUCUAUUGGUCCUUUGCCUCCUUGUUACUCUCCGUCCUUGAAAGCACUUAUCAAGGGCAUGCUAAGAAAGAAUCCAGAACAUCGACCAAGUGCAUCAGAACUUUUGAAGCACCCUUAUUUGCAGCCAUAUGUUGAUCAGUAUCGUCCGUGCUUCAGCUACACUUCAACAAAGUGCUCCUUGAAUACUCAUAUUUCCCCUGGCCGAGAAUCUCGCGAUAAUAGGAAAAAUAUGGCUGAAAGUCAGAAUAGUAAUAGCUCAUACAGUGAGAAAGAUAGUUUGCUUCCAAGUGACAGAAACACUGCCACAAUGGUUUCUAAUAGCAAUAGCAAGGCCACUGACACAGAUUCAAUUUCUAAUCAUGAAGAAGGAAGCUCUGAGCAAGACCUGCCGUGUGAAGAAGAGAAUGGUCCCAUUGUUUGCAUAAGCAAAGUUGAUGAAAAAGGAAGAACGAAACCUUCUUUUCUGGAACAGGGAUCAAACGUUCAACCAAAACAGCCAAAAAUCAUAAAAAAUAUAAUAUUGGCUUUGAAAGAAGGGAAACUAAGAGAAAAUGGUUCCCCAAUGAGAGGCAGCCGUACAAAAGCUGCAGGUGGAUUGACUCAAAGAAGUAAAGUAGAAGCAUCGCCCAAAGUUCUCAAACCCCCUGCUCCCACUCUGGGUUCAAAAUCUAAGCCAGAUACACCAACUGUGGCUUCAGCCAAAUCACCAUUAGGUUCUGCAAAAAGGAAACCGGGAUCACACCAUUUGAAGCACCAGUUACCUUUAAUUGAAUCCUCCCCAAAGGCCAAACCUCAACACGAGGGGAUUCCUCAUCCUGUACCUAGCAAGCAUGUUGCUGAAGAUGUACUACCUUUCAAGCAAAUGCAAAGAACUCCUUCCAAUGUUGCAAGACUAUCAUCUAUUACUGGAAGAAUGAAGCAUGCUGAAAGUGAUGCUUCAAAUUUAGCAAGUAACGUACCAAAGUUAGGAUCUCCUGAGAUAAACCAGGAGCGUGAGAUUAUUCCUCGUGAACUGCCCAAUGGUUUCCUUAGAAAUGCUUCUAGGAUGGUAAAACCUGAGAUAGCUCUAACGGCAGGUAGCAAGGGGGUGCAAACAGAGAGCAGCAAUUCUGCCUCAUCUUCAAUCUCAGUUAAACCAUUUGACAUGCAUGCUGGUGCAACAACCUCUUUCAUCGACAUAACAGAACAGGUGCAUGAUCAUGAGAAAACCAACCACACAGAGAGCUUGGAAUCACAUCCACCAUACUACUUACCUGCUCUGAAAUCAGACACACCUGAGGUUCUUUUGAGAGAAAACAACGGGUAUGAUCAUAAAUCAAUCAUGUGUUCAAGUGAAGAGUCUUAUCCAACCAGUGAUCUUCAUUUUACUUCAGUUGAUGCGAAAAGGAAUCUGAGUGCCCCUAUGGACCUUUCAGGCCGGGUUUCUGAAGAAACAUUGGUUCGUAAAGAUGAUUCCCCUGUAUUCUGGACAUUCAGUAGGGAGGAUUCUCCAUUAGUCCGUACAAGUAGCAUCGAUGAUACUCCUUCAAGCAAAAUCAAUAAUAAGGAUGAUAUCCAUACAAGUGAUCCUAGCUGUAGGGAUGACGUCCCAAUAAGGAGGUCAAGUAGCAGUGGUGACAUCCCAAUAAGAAUGUUAAGCAGCUCGGAUGGUGCCCUCAUAAACAGCUCAAGUAACAGGGACAAUGCCCUUAUUAGCAGUACAAGCAACAGGGAUUCCCCUAUAAGUGAACCAACUACCGGUGAAGAUUGCCCCGUUCUCAGGCCUAGUAUUAAGGAUGAAACUCUGGCAAAAAGACCAAGUAGCAGAGCUGAUAUGAUGCUCCAUUCAAAUCUUUCUUUUGCAUCUGGCAGUGAUCACAAGUACACUGUAACAGAACUUUGUUCGUCAGUUGCAGGAAAUAUGCCUUCCCUUGCCACACCAAUUUUAUCCAGCCAGGAGAAUUCACUUCCAGACAAAAAAACAAAUGAGCCUAGUCCUACAGCAGUGACCUCAUAUCCUCCAGUUUUCGAUGAUGUUAUACAUGUUAUUAGGCAUAGUAGGUUCCGUGUUAGCAGUGAGCAACCGGUGAUGGAAAACGUGGAACGUGGUGUGGAUGUUGGGAAUUUCAUAAAUGUUGUGAGGGAUGAAUUGGACAUGAAAAACAUGACUAGUCCAAUAAGCCUCAUGUCAUCAAGUUGCUCUGAAGCUUCAAGUUCAAAAUCAAACGUUUCGGAUUAUGGUGGUGCUAAGGAAACAGAUGUUAGAAACUCCAUUUCCUCAUCCCCAGGAUCUGAUUCAGCACCGGAAAAAGAAACACUGGAUGUCAAUUCGGAUAGGCAAAGGGCAGAGGCACUUGAAGGGCUUCUAGAAUUGUCUGCAGAGUUAUUGCAACAGAAGAGAUUGGGAGAGCUUUCAGUUGUUUUGAAGCCUUUUGGGAAAGGCUUGGCGUCCCCUAGGGAAACAGCUAUAUGGUUAGCCAAGAGUAUGAAAGGAAUGACGGUUGAGGACUGUCCACGGAAUUCAUGAAUCAUUAUUUCUGGGCUAAGCUUCUUCUUCUUUGCCUUGUUUAUUCACAUUGGUUUAACCAUUCCUAUGCCCUUUCACCCCAUAUUAGGAAUCUCAUUCUAUUCCUCAAACUUUUGAAUAUUUCAAAAUAAUCCUCAAACUAUGACUCAUUCUAA